AAAAAAAAAAAAAAAAAAAAAGAAAUCAGAUAACCCCCAAAAUCAAAGCCGCGGCAAACAGGCGCUGAAAAAUGGAGGGAGUUCUGGCGCCGCAAUCGAAACCUUAAGAACCAGAGGAUGGUGCUUCGCGACCACGAACAAGUGGAGGCGAUGAUCCUGCUCCACUCAGCCUUGUCCGACGACAAGCGUACGGUGGUGAAUUCAGUGGAAGCCGAGCUCACCAACAUGGACCUCAAAUCUAUCUCCGCUAGGUCCUUGCCCGACCCGCUUACGCUCCAAAAGUCCUCUCACCUCCUCGGCUCCAAGGUCCUCCAGAGUAGUAGGCGGCUUUUGAAACUUGGGCUCGUUCCUGGAACCAAGGAAAGUGAUGGUAACGCCCCCCUCCAUUUGAGAAGUUGCAAGUUGGGGCAGCUAAAAGUCGGUUUCCUCAGCAGGACAAGUUGCUAUUACCAUAAUAUUCAACCACUCAAUGUUGCAAUUGCAUGCAUAACUCAUGGGCAUGAUGCAAUCAUAGGCAGAUUACUCCCAUGUCAGCUCCAAGAGUAGUGGGCUGCUGCCUGAAAUACUGAGGUUAGAUCAGUUGGAAGGUAGCAGAACCUACAUUUGAAAGCAAGAGAAUAAAUUUUAUAAAAAAAUUGACAGAUAACACUCGUAAGGCAGAUUCCCAUGAUGAAAGAACUCAAGACAAACCGAGCAGCUCUGCAACGACUACGAGGCCAAAAUGUGGAUCUUCAUUCAUGUCCAGCUUGCAGGUUGUUAUUACUAUUAUUCUAUGCUGCAUCCGGGUUUUGUGUAGUAUUAACUAUUAAGUUUAAUUUUAUGUCACUUAGUUGUGGGGAAGGAGUCUGAGAGGAGACGGUGUUUUUACACUUGGAUUUGUUCACUAAUUAUUUCUAGUGGUGAAUAUAUAGUUGUAGAUGGGGCAGGUGUAAGGUGGCAGAAUAAAACUUGAAUUUUUUGAAUGGAGGGAAAACCAAAUUUCUGCUAAGUUUUGUUUGUAAUGGACUUAUACUUGAAUCACACAAGAAACACAUUUAGUUAA